CUCAUUUCUGUCUUUAAUGAUUUGUUUUCUGUAUUUUAUUAGUUUUUAAAGUGCUUUCACGAGCUAGAUGUUUUUCUCUCGUUAGUGUUUAAUGAGCGAAGAGUUUUGCUCGCGGUGUCAUCACCUUCUCCUGAGGAGAAUAAUAUCUGUGAUAAAUCUGAAUAAAUCCACUGUGUUGUGCGGUCUAUAACGAUGAAGAUGAUGUUGUAGUCUAUAGACUCAUGAGCGCGCUCUGUUGACUGACAGGGAAACACACGCUCACACAGGUAUUCUCUUUUAUUCAGUUAAACAUCGGGAUCAUGGUGAGGACGUAUAAAAGAAAGACCAACAGGGCGAGCACCACUCCAGACAUGAUGCUGAAGGCCGUCAGACAGGUGCUGGUGUUCAAGAAGACCAUCCGAGCCGCAGCCGAGGAGUUCGGCAUCAAUUAUCGCACCCUCGCUCGAUACUGUACCAAAAUUCCCCGAGAUGAGGUUGAGGGAGACGCCGAACACCCAAGCUGCACGGUGGGCUUCAUCGGCGCCAGACAAGUGUUUAACCCCGAAACAGAGACGGAACUGAUCUCCUGCAUCUCAAGAGCAUCUGACAUUUAUCACUCGCUGCCACCCAAAGCCAUCAGAAAACUAUCCUAUCAGCUGGCCAAGAGACACCAGCUGCACAUGCCGACCUCAUGGAGGGACAACAAACAGGCCAGCGCUGACUGGUUCACUGCUUUUCUGAAGAGACAUCCCACGCUGCGGGUCAGAUCGGCAGAACCGUCAAGUCGCUGCGCUACAGGCCACGCUGAGAUGUUUUACAGCAAACUAAAGGAGCUCACGGAGCGACACCGCUUCAAACCCGAGGACGUCUGGAACAUGGAUGAAAUGGGCAUCAGCACGUCUCAAAGAGCCGAUCGUGUGGCCAUCAGAAGAGGACAGACGCAGCUCGUGUGUGCGUCUGACAGAGGACCUCUGGUGAGCGUGGCCUGUGCCGUCUCCGCCGCCGGAAACACCCUUCCACCUUAUUUCGUCUUCCCGAGGGUGCAGUUCAGGGAGCACUUUCUGACCGGCGCGCCCGUCGGGAGCUCGGGCGGAGCAAAUCUUAACGGUUGGAUGAGAGAAGAGCAGUUCCUGGAGUUCCUGCGACAUUUCACGCGUCACACGGGAUGCUCGCCGGAGCGACCCCGUCUCCUAGUCCUCGACACUCACGUAUCACAUCUGUCCAUCGAAGGACUCUGUUAUGCCAAAUCAAACGGCGUGGUGAUGCUCUCCUUCCCUUCACACUGUCCUCAGACCGUCCAGCCGCUGGAGCGCUCGGUCUACGAGCCCUUUAAGAAGUGUGUGAACUCAGCCAUUGACAGCUGGAUGCUGGGAGGCCCCGGGAGGAGUCUCACCAUUCAUCAUAUUCCUGGAAUCGUCUCCAGCGUGCUCCCGCUGGCCGUCGCUCCGGACGACAUCACCGACGGCUUUAAAGCGUGUGGAGUUUUCCCUCUCGACACAAACACAGGAUUACUGACCGAGCGCUCUCAACCUUCUGCGUCCAACCGUUCAGAUGACACCAGUGAAUGUGAACGUCAGCCCACAGCAGACAAACUUCACUUUUACCAAAGACUGAAAAACUCUGAGCAGGACGGCGCUUAUCUCCACCGGCUCUCCUGACACGCAACACAAUCUCAGUAUUUUUCUGUUGAAUUCAUUUGCUGUUUAAUCAAUUAUUGCUAAGUGACAUUAAAUAUGACACAUUUCAAACCUACAUGUUAUGGACAAUGACUUUUUGAUCUCAGAAGUAUUUCGUUUUUCAAAUCCUCAAAACGGUAUAAACGAAGAGCAGGUAAGCCUGUGACAACAUGCCCCGAUAUGUUGAGAAAAUGUGCUCUCGUGCUCCAGAUGAUGUGUAAUAAUGUAGUUCAGUGAUGAUAUUUCUCUCAGGAUCUUUCUUUGGUCCUAAAUCUAAUAUAGCAUUUGACUGUUUUUAUGUGUUGGUACUGGAAUCUCUGGCUUUUGAACUGAAGCUUUAAACCAGCAGCAGCCAAUCAGAUUCCUCCUGAGUUUUUUGUUCACUGAGGUGAGAGGAUUCACAGACCGGCUGAAAGAGGAAUACUUCACAAAGAGAAUCAAAGAUAAUAGUCAAGCUGAUGAAAUGAUCAAACACAUCAAGAGAUCUCGUAGUCUCUACAUCAUGUGUCACAUCCCCGUCUUCUGUUGGAGCACAGCUUCAGUACUUCAUGAUCUUCUCAUCCAGAACCAUGAAGAAAACAUUGACACGACGCUCACUGAGAUGUACAUUCACUAUCUGCUGAUUCAGAAGUAUGAUGAAAUAGACGUACAAGACCGUAGAAAGCUCUUACAAUCCAAUAAAACCACUGUUGUGAAGUUGAGCAGCCGAAGAAAGAGAACAUCAUCUUCUGUGAGGAAGAUCUUGAAGAUUGUGAUAUUGAUGUGAGUGAAGAUUCAGAGUACACAAGAAUGAUGGCUGAGAUCUUGAAAGCGGGCGUAACACACGGGUUUCUGUCAAUCUCAUAUUAAUCUUGAGCACCUAUAGAGUAUUAUUGCAUACGUCGUAUCUAUAGAAAAAAUAGAGAAUUGCACUACAGCUCUUUUCUUCAAAGAGACGUGAGCCAAUCGUGUCAAAGUGUGUGAAGGGAACAGAGGAGUUACAGGUGUGAGAGAUCUUCAGCCGUAUCCUGAUCAUCCAGUCACGAAUGCUGUCUUCAGGUCUUGUGUGGAGAGAGUCUGUUACUGGGAGGAUUUCAUGUGUGUGUCCUGUACUAACAUCAGCAGGAGAUGAGCGCGUCGUGACUGUGAGUUUGGAGUCAAUGUUAAAUCAUGACUGUACUGCAAGAAACACAUCUUUGUGAAGUAAGCAGAUAUUGUCCUUCAUCUGAAUGUAACGGAGCAGGAGUGUAUGUGGAGCGUCCGGCCGGCGGUGCGGUCUGUCCGUCUACAGCGUCUCUGACAGACACGUUCAAUAUUCACUCAAGCGCUCUACUUACCGUGAGUACUAGUUCCUGAGUUUCUCUGUGUGAUAUGACACACAACACCGUGUUAAAUACACACUGUUCAGUGUCUGUAUGAGUGCAGUCAUUAACUCCGGACUGUAUAUGGCUAGAUAACCAGUGUAUUUUAUAAACAUGUUGAUGCGGCGAAUAGAAAAUCCCAACUAUAGCAAACCCUUAUCAGCAUUAUGACGAUUUUAAACGUACACACUUUUCAUAAACCCAUCAGUAUCUCAACCAGUAGUUUUUAUAGACGUAUGGCAGAAAUAACAAAAAUAAAGUGGUUUGUAAAACCUGUAGCUAAUAAAUAACAUAUCAUUUAACAUUUGACCUAAGCUUUUGUUUUGAGUAAAAAUAUCUCAAUCAACUUAUACAAGUAAUGGUGUUAUUGAUGAUUCUUGUAAAUGAUAGAUAAGUCGUCAUCAUCAUUCAGGUAUGGGGACACACCCUGUUCAGCGUCAUCUCUUCAACAAAUGCAUUUUAUUUUGUGGAAGAUUUGACAUUAUUGUGUUGUGGAGAAUGAAACCUCUAUGUCAACAACAGAUUGAAAGAAAUGAAUGAUUUCUGUGCUCACACAUCCUCGUCCUGAACAGAAACGUAAGCAGAUGAUAUGGAUGCUUCAGUGCAGUGAUGUGUACUGUAUGUGCUGUUCUAAAGCUCUGAAUGUUGGUUCAAAUGAUCUGUUAAAACAAAUGAAUUGCACGCAACAUUAAUGGUUUCAAAAUAUACUUUACGUUCCGAUAAUUUCAAAUGUAAUCUGAAAUGAAUGUAAAAUCAACAGAUUGCGUUAACAGCAUCAUUUUAUAAAUGAAAGAUAACAUUCUGACUGUCACAUAGUUCGGCUUUACCCUUUGGAUUUGUUUGCUCUGGUUGGACUGGUUCUCUGUGUUGAGGUAUAUGCCUGUGUUUGGAUUACCUCUCAAAUAAAGCCGCAUUUGGAUCCUCUAGCUUUGUGUCUUGGAGCAGUUUGGUGACACUGAUAUUAUUGCUGGAUCUGAUGUCUCUAUUCAAUUGAUAAUAUUUUCUUCAUUUUAACAUUGAAGUAUAACUGAGAGCUAUCGGGUCUAACCAACACAACCUCAGUGCAAAAUGUACCUGUUUCACCAUGUGGCUAAUUUUGGUUAUUUUGUACGAUCUCAUUCACACAUUUUAGUACGAUUUGCUUUCGCUAAGCAUUCAUUUAAGAUUUCAUUUUACCCUGUUAAUAAUGUGCUUAGGAAAAUACUUGACCAAAUGGUCUUUCUGGGGAAAUGUUGUGACAGAGAUUCACUGACGCAGCCCUUUGCCUGUGACUGUAUCCAUUACACCAGAUGGGUUCGCUGUGGUGUUGUGCUGUACCGUGUCCCACAGCCAAGCUGUCUAUCUAUCUAGGAUGCAUCAAAGCAAACGUCACAUGAAUAAGGGCGUGAUUAUAAAAUGUCACGCAAGACAUGGGAUGACAGAAAAGCAGAUGCUGCGUUAAUUGCGUUAAAUAUUUGAACACCGUCGGAGCUGAUAGCCUAGUGGGCAGUGCUCCACAUGUGGCGCGGUUGUGCAUCGGGCGACUCGAUUUCGAAUCCUGUCUCGUGGUCUUCACCAAACCCACCCCCUUCACUUCCUGUCCUCUCUACCACUAUGAUGUACACUUAAAGGCAAGACACCAAAAACAAAUCUUUAAAAGAAAUGUUUGCUUUGACAGCCCUCUUUAAAAUCCAUCACUGCGGCAGCAUUGUGACUACAGCUCAUGUAUAAUGUUUUACAUGCUGAAUGUUGAUUGGUUAUUAACUCCUGUUGCCUAUGUUACUAUGGUUAUAGUCCAGGUGAUGGGGUGGGUCUUAAAGAAAAGGAUACCAGUUGAAGGAAGCUGUGUGUGUCAGCUCUCAGUUAUUAUGAGUGAUUACACAAGAACAAUAUACAACAACCUUUCCCAGUCCACACACAACUGACAACAUUUACACUUACAUUUACAUUUAGUCAUUUGGCAGACUCUUUUAUCCAAAGCGACUUACAGUGCACUUAUUACAGGGACAAUCCCCCUGGAGCAACAUGGAGUAAAGUGUCUUGCUCAAGGACACACUGGUGGUGGAUGCUGGGAUCGAACCAGCAACCUUUUGAUUUACCAGUUCAGUGGUUUAACCCACUAGACCACCAUCUCCAAACAUCUCACAAUAUUUUUCGGCCAUGAUUAUGUGAUAUUGUAACAGCAUGUAAUGUGUGUAGUGUAACGGAUCACAGUAUGAAUGUGUUUUUAUCAAAUGGAAGCAACAUAAUGUCAUUUCAGUGGAAUUGGACCGGCUUCACAGUCACACAGACAUUGUGAGUUGGCAGUUGGCUUGAGAACGUUGAGAAUCUCAGCUUUCCUGUUUUACAAUCCGCCAGCAAACUCAAUGUGAAAGUUGAAAAGCGCUUCUGCAAAACAUGCUCUCUAUGCUGAAAGUGUUUCUGAUCAACAGUCACAUGAAUAACUUCUUGUUGUGAAUCUGUGGCGCAGUGUAAAACUAUUUUAAUGUGCUGUUUGUUUCCUGUCAUGAAUGCUGUGAAUCCAGUUUCACUUGUUUUCUGUUCUAAUGAAAAACACCCACAUUCACAAACCAUUGACAGACAUCAGAGAUCUGCAACACAAUUCAUCAUCAUUACUGAAGGUAAGACACACUCAAUCGCGCCAUUCUGUUCAUCAAUAAUAAUUAAUGGAAAUGUGAAAGUGUGUGUGAUAUUAACUGCGAGUACUAAAUGUAAACUUUAGUUGCCAGCGGUUUAGACAUGAAUGUCUGUGUGUUGAGUUAUUUUGAGGGGAAUAAUUUACAACCAUGUAUUUUAUUUAUAUAUAACGUCUUUGUUUGAAUUAUUUAUCUAUCAUAAAUAUUAUUUCCUUUGAAUAAUUUAUAAUGAACGUAGAGCUGAUUUGCAACAAUGAAAAUUGUGAAAUGAAUUGAAGUUUCACUUUUGUGUCUUUUGUAGACGGUGGUGUUAAAACUUUCUGGUGAACCACAAUCUUUCAUUGUCUACACUUGAAAUGUAUGAAAGAUUGCUGUAUAUAAGACCAUCAUGUACUGUAACAGAUAGCAGAUGUGUUCUUCAGUGAUUCUGGGUUUGACUUCAGUGUCUGUACAAACUCAUUUUUAUGUCAAGCCCAUGUUAUUGCUCAUCCAACUGCUUGUCAUAAUUCAUGCUCUUUGCAUAUCUUGUGUGCGCGCGUGUGCACGUGUGCGCGCGAGUUAUAUCCAGAUCUGAUGUCAGCAUCAUCAUCAUCACCACGGGCCUCAUUUAGAAAGUGUAGAGUAGAAACCGUCCUAAAUUAGAUUUUAUGAUCAUUUCUGGAAGUGCGUACGUGUGAUUCAUAGAAGGAACGUGAGCACAGAAAACAUCGGCUCAGACCCUGAUGUGAUGCUAAAAACUUUUCCACAGCAAAGACCGUUUUUAUAAAUAUAAACGUUGCAAUGGAUGCUUUACGAUCAAACCUGUACGUACACACAUUUAAUAGAUGAGGCCCAAGAGCUCCAGAAACCCUCUGAAACCGUUUCUCUUCUUCUCGUCCCACAGGAGUGAAUCUGUGUUGAAUGAUGUCGUGUAUUGAAGAAAUCCUCAUGAACUCACUGAACGAUCUGGUCAAAGAUGAAUGGAGUUGCUUCCUGUGGCAUCUGAAGAAACACAACUUUUCAGCUUCUAAACUGGAGAAAGCAAAUGUCCAAGAUACAGUAGAUAUGAUGAUAGAUCGCUUACAAAAAGACGAAGCCGUGGAGGUCACACUGACCAUCCUGAGGAAGAUGCACAAGAACCAUCAGGCUGAGCUGCUGCAGGAAAAAGUGAAGUCGUCCACUUAACUUUGAAAAUAUUCAUUGGAAAUGAAGGGAUAGGCAUGUCAAUAAAUAUCCAUUCUCUGAUGUUGCUCAUUGUCUUACUUUGUUGUGUUCACUGAUUUGCCAAAGUAAAAACCUUUCAACACAUGAA